GCGAGUGAGCGGAAUCCAAUGUCCGCAGGAGGCUUCUCGUUGUGACGAGAGGAGAGGAGGACGACGAGAACAACGUCGAGGGCGAGACGGGUUCGACGGGGAAAUCAAAGGAAGAAGAGAGAAAAUACAGACGGAGAGGAGGUCUGUACACACACGUGUGUAACGUACGCAGUUUGUAUUCAAAGAAGGCUGCACAAGAGCCGUCGCCCGCCCGCGCGACAGGAGAGAGAGAGGGGCCUAGCCAAUAACGAAAUUUAAUAGCAGACCGGCAUUACAGACGAGCUUACACGAUACAUCAUCUUCGUAUACGCUGCAGUGUAUGAGUGGUGUUGGAGCGAGCAGCAGCAGCUAUUAUGGCCGCGAAUCCGAGCGUCAAUAGUCCAUCGCUCGGCACCGAGAGCCAGUACUUCUACGAGGAUGUCGUCUAUAGGGUGGACAAACGCUCCAAUGUCGAGUUUGGCAUUGUCAUGGAAAACGAUGAUCACGAGCUUUCCGACGAUAGUAGCGGCAACGAGGACAGCCCCAAGAGGAAGAAAGGAGAGAUCAGGGUUGUUUGGCAUCCAUCCGGUGUUGAAGAUCUCGUCAAUUCCAAAAAGGUUCAUUUAGCUGACAGAACUUUAAUGCCCGGAGAUGUUGUUAGACGCAUGAUUAAAGGAAAAGAUACCCAAAGAGGAUACUGCCGUGAUAUUGAAUUAAAUGCUUGUGUUCAAGUUAUUGGUACAAAACAAGUAUUAACCAAUAUUCGAAGUGAAGAUUUAGUACCUCUUGAGGAAUUUGCUGCAGACAUUGCAGUAUGUAUGGAUUCUUGGGUGGGAGGAAUCAGAAUGGUUCACUUUAAAUUGUGGCUAGCCACUCCUGAUGGUUCUAGAUGUGUCAUCAAUGAGAUUGAUGCUCGUGGGUUGGAGCAUUUUGAGGAAAAAAGAGAUACAGAUAAUGAUUUCCCUCAUUCAUCCGAGUUUUAUCCAGGACAAUGUUUAUGGGGUCCAAUACAUUGUCUGGAAGAUGCUCAAUGGAUACAAUGUACAAAAGAAAUGAAGGCUAAACGAAAAUCUAAGCCGCAGCGAAUAACGAAAGUUAUUGUUGAAAAAGUCGAGACUGAUUGGGUAGGUGUUCACUGGCAAUGUAGAGCUUAUUCUAAGGAUGGAGCUUGGUCAGACCAAACGCAUCCAAAAUACGUAGUUGAAGGCGAGGACUUGAAAAAGUUAAAACUGCUAAAUGUUUUCGAGCCAUCGACGUUACAAGUGGGUGACAGAAAUUUUUAUGUGAUCAAAGGUGAUGAGAAUGUGAUAACGCGAGAACAGUGGCGUAAGCAGCAAAGGGAAAUAUUUCAAGUUCCUAAGAACAGUCCAAGAAAAUCGCGUAAUAUUAAUUUGUCAAAGGCAGCUGUGGAAGAAAAGAUCAAAAGAAUAAAAGAGGAAUCUCAGGAAAAUAAAAAUGAGCAUCCUGAAGUUAACAAUGAAAACAAAGUUAACAGGGAAAAAGACAAUGUAAGUAAUAAUUUACUUACACCACCUAACAUAAACCAAAAUAUUGAAAGUUCUGAUGACUGGGAUACAGAAGACACUGGCUCACAAAGUGAUUCAGCAUCGGUAUCAAGCGGUUGUUCUAGUUUAUCAUCGAUGGGAAAGAAAAAGAAAGGUCCAGCACUAAUGACAAAAGUUUUGAAGAAGCGUAAAUUAUGCAAAGCUAAGAAGAAAGUUCCACCACCUCCUUUGGUACCUGGAACUAAAAUAGUUGUUGAAACUCUUUCCACAAAUACAAAAGCUAACGUUGUUUGGCAGGACGGCUCUGUAGAACUCGGCAUACCUUCUACUCAACUGUAUCCAAUUCAUCAUCUGGAUGAUAAAGAAUUCUUUCCUGGUGAUUUUGUUGUCGACCAGAAGGAGGAAUCUAGAAUGUACGGCGUCGUUCAGAGCGUUGAUCAUCAAGGAAGAACAGCAAGAAUAAAGUGGUUCAAAACUUAUUCAUCUAGUCAAAGUCCUCAGCCAACAUUUUUGGAAGAAACCGAAGUAAGCGUAUACGAUCUGAAAGAUCAUCCAGACUUCCAGUACCGUCCAGGAACUCUAGUCAUUCGCAUUGCAAAUUUCGAGGGUGAAGACGCUGGAUGUACGGCAGGCCAAGUCCUCGACAAUUAUCCUGAGGGUCGCGUCAAGGUCUGGUGGGUAGACGGCCAUGUUAGUAUGUGUUGGCCACAGGACUUGUACAAAGUAGGCGAGUACGACAGCGAUGAGGGUGAAUUGUGGGAUGAUGUUUCGUCGGAUGGCUCAUGGGAGACAGAACUCGAAGACUGCUUUAUCGCCGACAACGACGGCAGUGCCGAACAAACUGAAAAUAUCAAGCCAAAGCUUGCAGCGCACAUCGAGAAAGCAAGAAUUGCUAUGUCGAGACUCGAGGAGAUUUUCACACAAAAUCCUGCUCUGCAAACGACUGAAGUCAUGCGGAAGUUAUUGGAAGUUUACAAAGACUGCAGGUACAUGGAUAGGCUUAUGGGGACAUCUUUCUUCCAUGAGAGUCACUUUCAAGGAUUACUCGAAAGAGUGAGAGAGAGGGGACGCGCUAAUGUCGCACAAAGAAUGGCUGAUCAGGUAAACAGACUGUUUACGCAAGCAGAAAGUGGAUCGGAGAUCAAUUCUGAAUUGACCGAUUCCAAACUUCUGAAUGCUCAGAAAAAUACAAGUACUAAUACCUCAUUGGAAAAAUCCGUCUCUGAAGAAAUCAGUGUAGUACUAACGGAAGAUGAUUCUGUGAUAAAUGACCAGCAUAAUCAAGAUUCGAAAAUUGGUGAGCAAAAUACGAAUCAGCUUUUCAUCAAUAUCAAUCGAAAUCCAGAGGAUUCGGGAUUAUUUUCCGCUGAACAUUCGAAAAAAGAAUCCGGGUCUAGCGAAUCGAGUGGAGAAUUUCUUCUCAGCGAGGAUGUGAAUAACAUCGAUCGAUCUCCCAUUCCUGAUCAACCGAAGUCCCCACUUCCUGAUAACUUAGGCAAUGCUCUAGUUGGAUCUUCACACGUAUGCGUUAAACUUUGCAAUCUCAUAAAGGCUCAACUAGUUUUAGCCCAUGCCGAAGUCUCCAAAAGAUUUGGUCUUUCGAAGAUGUCAUUAUCAGAUGCAGCAGAUCAAAAUAAUUCAAAAGCAGUGUCGCCGAACAAAAAGCUCAAAAAAGAAGAAGAUAAGAAAGUGGAAGUCAUUUCGGAGCCUUCUGAUUCCUCAAUAGAAAUUCCUCCGCUAGUCUACCUAGAAGGCGAAGGCUUCUCGAUAGAAGAAACAGCACCAGAUAACCACAAGUUCAAAUUGACCAUGUUUCAGCCGACGGAUCGUCCGAACUUUUUUCGUACUGUAUCUAAGGAAUUGAAAUUGUUGAAAAGUUCGCUGCCUCAAGGCAUUUGGGUAAAAGGAUUUGAGGACAGGAUGGAUUUGUAUUCGGUCAUGAUGCGUGGUCCUGAGAAAACUCCUUACGAAGACGGACUUUUUUUCUUUGAUUUCCAAUUAUCAGCAGAUUAUCCAGCUGCACCACCACUUUGUCAUUACAUCUCGUAUUGUAGUGAUAGGCUUAAUCCAAAUUUAUACGAAGAUGGAAAAGUCUGCGUGAGUCUUUUAGGAACUUGGGCGGGUCGAGGCACGGAAGUGUGGACAAAUUCAUCAACUCUUCUUCAAGUUAUUGUGUCAAUUCAGGGUCUAAUACUGGUGGCGGAGCCAUACUUCAAUGAAGCAGGAUUUGAAAAACAAAAAGGUUCUCAGCAAGGUCGAGAAAAUUCAAGGAUGUAUAACGAGAUGGUUACAUUGAAACUCGUACAAUCACAAACAAAAUUGCUGCAGUAUCCUCCGUUAAUAUUUAAAGAUGUUAUUAUGCAACAUUUUAAAAAGCAUUCUGACAAAUUAUUGAAGAGGCUCGAGCUAUGGAUGGAAAUUUCUGAACAGCAUAACAAUCAACAUCCAUUGUCCCCAGUCACACCUACCACGUUCAAAGAGAUAGCUCCUAUUGAGAACACUAUUCUGCCGGAAUUUCCGUUGAUACCCGCGUCUAAAGGGUUUUGUAUCACAUUAAAAAAUACGUUAGCGAAUUUCAAACGAACGCUCGUCCGCGAAGGGAUACUUCCAUUGUCAUUGGACUCGCCACUACCUCGUGAUACUUCCGUCGACUCGAUGAAUCGUGCAAAUCGAGCGGUGAUCGACGAACAAGGUGGAACAUCUGCCGUUAAAACGUCGGUAUCCCAGCAGAGUAUUUGUAAUGAGCCCUCGAUUAAUCACGGCUCUGUCCACCAAAGUGAAACGAUGAAAGACAGUUUAGAGCGCAACGCCAGCUAGCCACAAGGUAAAUCCAAACGCUUAGCUUACAAGAAUAAUCACACGGUUAUUCGGUAAUAUAUAAUUCUAUGCUCUUUACUGAUAGCUACAAUUAAUAUGGUGCGAGAUAUUCAAAUGGAUAUAUAUAUAUGAGGUAAAAAAUAACUAUGAAAUGGCAGCAUGCAUUUAUAGUGUCUUUAUUAAGUAAGGGAGAUGAAAAUUAAAAUUGAUACUGUAUUGCGCUGCACGAAAUAACGAUGAUCUUAGCUGACGUUUCAAUUUCUUUUUUUUGAAAAUCACAGUUACUAGUUUAUUUUUUCAGCGAAUAUAUUAUACUUGUACACUUGUCACUAAACUAGUAUACUUGUUAAACAAAAUAAAAGGUCGGGUAAACAGUCAGGCGGUUUUUCUUUCUUCGUCGUACGUGCAGAAAAUUUGUAGUCGAUGGUGACGAUAUAAAUAUCUGCCUCAAAAUCGUAUUUUUCAAAACUUUCAAGCGUAAAUAUAUUCAUUUUUCCAUAGAAUGUAAAUUGUAUAUAUAGGGAAAGAUAUAUUAAAAUGUAUUUGGUCGGUCGUUUAUUCUUAGACAUACUCCAUCGAUAAUUCAAUCAUUGAUGACUUCAUUGAAAUUGUAUCGAUUUUUGUAUUAUCAGAAUUUUAUUGACGUAUUAUUAUUCGCUUCUUAAUUGUAAAUAGAUAUUUCAUUGUAACAGUAAUAAUUGCCUGAAUAACUUAUUAUAUCUUACCUUGAUUGCCUCACGAUAUUAAAAACGUCAAGUUUUGCUAGACUACGUUUUAGGCUAAGAAUUGUUAAGAAGAAGCGUUUUUCUACAAAAAAAAUCACUGUGAAUAUUUCUUUCAUAUAUGUAUAUCAAUUUUAACAUUUUACUAGUAUAAUCAAGCCAUUAUAAAGCCAGUUUCACAAAUUAACUUUUAACACAUUUUAAGGCAGAUUUUUACAAAGAAAAUAGAUAAUUAUUACAAUUGUGUUUUAAAGAUGAUGCACAUGAACAAAUUAAAAAACAGCAACUCACAGCAUUGUGAGAUGAAUUCGUAGAGCUGCCUUUAUUUUUUUAUGCUUACAUCAUAAUUAUGCCAUAAUAUUAGAAAUUAAUAUUAUAAUUCUGAAAAAGAAAAAGUAUCGACGAAGGCAUGGUUCUCAUAAUUUGAUGUAAUACUGUGAAAAAGCAUAAAACACAAAGCUUAAGCUUGAACUUACAAAUAAUUCUGGUUUGUAUAAACAAUAUUUUUCAUGGAAUACAUAUACGAUUCUAUAUACUCUCCUUUUUCCAAGUACAUUGAAAGCAAACAUAUUUUUGAUAGUCCAAUGAAAACUCCAUUAAUACUAUUAUUUUUAUUUCACUUAGAACUUCAUUUGAAGAAUUAUACAAUACGUGGAUUAAUUUUCAACGGAACAUGUAUCAACUAAAAUUAAAACACUCGUAGCAAUAUGCCAAGCCAAAAGCAUCUUAUGCUUCAGUAGAUUUUAAGACUUCGAAUGCUAGUGCAAUCGAUGCAUUUUCUGACGUGCGAAGGGAGAAAGAAAACACAAAGAGGUAGUUAUAGGUCUGUUAACGACUCGCAAGCAAAUGCCAUCCAUUAAUUAAAAAAAAUCGUUAUCAUACUGCGAAUUCGAAACGAAAAAGUAUUCAAAUUGAAAGAAAAUGAUUUUAGGUACAAUAGAACAUAGUUUAUAGAUGGGCAAUUCAUACUAUUGAUAAGUCUAUGAGAGUAAAGUUAUUAAUUAUCCGUAGAUGUAGAUUACGCAGAGACUAUGAAGACUUUAAAUGCUCUGUUGUCCAUGACAAAAUUAUACUAUUUAUUGCGUAUAUAUCUUCUAUCUGUUUAUUUAUUUUUAUCGCGAAUAAUGCUUGGUUGCCAAACUUCAUUUCCCAGUUUUUUCAGUAAUAGUGUCAAAUUGAGCGCUUUGGUACUUAAAACAUUGAGUGGCGUCACGGAUAUUUUUUAGAAAGAUUAUACAUACUAGUUGUGAACUGUAAUGAGCAUUCUAUUAGUAUUUUUGUUAUUGAUUUGUCCAUAUCGUUAUAUCAAGUGUCUUCUUAGUGGUGAUGUUAAAAUGUAAAAAAAAUUAGAAAGUAUUACAAAGCGAUGUCAUUGAAAAACAAAAGUUAUUUAGAGGAGUUGUCAAAAGUUCAGGUGAAAUCUUGUGUGAUGUCAACAUUGAUAAUAGGUCAUCGUUUUAAUAGAUUCUGAAUCUUUCAUCGGCACAUAGUAAAGGGUUCAGAUAAAUACUUAGGAAAAUAUACAUCAUUCCUUUUAGAAUAUUUUGUAUUGUUAUAUUCUUUUUGAUUAUGCGUAAGUCUUUACGCUGUUUAAUGUAUAUUAAUAGCAUGCUAUAUGUAACUAAAUUGCGAGAUACAAGUAUGAUUUAUUAUUUAUUUGUUUAUUUAAUGUGGAAUCAGAUCAAUCACAUUGUUUUAAUAUAUUGUCAAAGUAUGUAUAUUAUAAAAGUAAAUUAAAAGUAUUAACAAAAUCUAAAACUAUUUAAACUAAGCUAGGCCAAGAACAGUUUUUAAAUUAUCAUUUUUUUUAUCAUUUCCAGUUUUAACCUCAUACAAUAAUUUCAAUAUAGAAUUUACGUGUAUUGAACUUAUCUGAAGUAUAAAAAAGUCAUUGAAAUUAAAAAUUUGAGUUCACUCGAAGCAUUUAAUCUCGACAGAUUUAUUUAUAAAAAAAAAUAGAGCAUCUCUACAUUAGGUGUCUGUUCCUAUUCGAGAUAAAAAAUAUGAAACAGAUAAUACACUAUACAACACGUCGAAAGUUUGCAAAUAUCAUCUACAAAUAAAUAAAAUGAAAGGCUUGUUUUAGGCAAACGAAAAACAUGUUACAGAGACAAAUGUAAAAAAAAAACAAACAAGUAUGUAAACUGAUUUUCUACGAUCCUGCCGAUGCGCGUCAAAAUGGUGCUGUACGUUACUAUAAGCGUAAUAAAAAUGAAUAAUUACUGGAGAAUAACAAAUGCAUAACGAAGAUGAACGUGAAUUGUAAGAAAAAAAAAUUACGUAUGGCUAGAAGGGUAUUGAAGAAAGUGUACAAUAAACCAAAAAAUAAUUGUAAUUGUAAGAAUGUGGGUGAGUAAGCAAGCGCGCAUUAACAGAGCGAAUGUAUAUUGAACAAAAAAUAAAUAAAUAAAUAAUGAAAAACGACAAAUGAGAAAGUAUAGCAAUGAAGCAACACGUUUGAGAAAGAUUCUUUCGUUUCUUGGCCAAAAUGACGGAAACGUGAUGUUUGAGAUGCCUUGUAUAUGUGCCAGCUAUUUAUAUUUAUAUUAUUAUUAUAAUUCCUAUUCAUAAGUCGUUAUGGGAAGUUUUGUUUUCGCUGUAAGUUUUUUGAUGAUGCGUGCUACACAAGAUAAAAAUAAAAUUAAAAAAAAACUUAACUACUAGAUCCUCUACUCACCAAUAAUAAAAUUGUAUUAUGGGGAACGAAAGCUUUAGAAUGAGUGUUGAGAGGCAAUGCUUCUGUAAAAAUAAAUCAAUCAUCGCACAGUUUGGCGAUAAUCACGUUAUUAAAAACUACACGACUGUCAUAUUUUUGUUUAAUUGUUUUUUUCUUGCAAUUUUUUUUAUCAAUAAAAAUGAU